AUGGUUUCUCGGUUUCCGCUGAAGUCCGCAAUCAUUUCACACUACGAAAAAGUGUUGUUGAUGGCGAAGACUAACUGUGUAGAUGAAGCAGAUGUCUCCAUGCCGACCUUGAUUGAAGGCGAGAUUGGAGAGCUGCGUAAAUACAUUGUCGAGAUGAUGCACGCUGAGACUAUACUGCUGGAAAGCAUCAAAUUGAAUGAGCAUGACGUGGCACGAACGAAUGCUCGCAUUGGAUAUUUUAAGGACUUGAUCGCUCAAGAACGGGCGCGGUACAAAUUGCUGAAUGAAAGAUUAAAAAGCGACACAAAUGAACUUAAGACUCUUGAAAUGAAGCUAGUCGAUGCUGAGAAAAAUAAUAGAAAAUUUAAAGAUAACAUCACCCAACAUGAAAGUGAUGUGAAAAUGCUACGCUCACGAUAUAACCAACUGCGCGCCGCUAUGCUCGGUUUGAGGUGCCAAAUCUUGGAUGCCACUACAAAUCUGGGCAAAUUAUCACUAAAACGGGAGUUGUUGGUUAAAGAGACACAAAAUGCCACAAUCGCCAUCAAUGAGUGCCCUGAGCCAUCAGCACAGCGCAUAGAUCAUCAAACUCUUCGGGCUAAGAUCAAAUGCACGCAACAACUCAUAGCUCAGAUAAAGGAAGAAAAUGGACAGCUAAGCAAAAGGCGUGCUCAGCUCGAAGACGAGAUUCAUCAGUGCGAGGAAGAUACUUUCAAGCUGUAUGAUUCGAUUUCAAUCAAGGAGAAAGAGACCGAAAUCUUGUUUAAACGCUUGCGAAGUAACACUUUCUGCAUUAUUAAAGAAAACGCAAAGAUCGAAGGCAAAGUGAAGACUAAACGCAGAAAAUGUAAUCUGAAGAUAAAAAAUCAGAUAAACACUCUCAAGCGCCGAAUCUUUUCUAUCAAGUGUGAGGUCGAUAAGGGUCAAAUGACAAACGAGGACACCCUUUCAUGUAUCGGUGCCUUAUCAACGAAACGCGAGGACUUGGAACAGAGCUUAAUCGAACGGGAUGAGCAAAUAGCCGCCGCCGAAGGCACAGUCACCGAGCUGUCUACAUCGAUAAAAGCAUUAGGUCAGAAAAGAGAAGAGUUCGAUAAAGUGCAUCUCGAAGAAGCCUUAAGUGCAAAGCGUGAUGACAUCAACGCGAUUUUAAAACGGCUGGACGAUAAACAGGAAGAUCUCAAGAAAAUAGAUGCGAACCACUCUCAACUUAAUGCAACGUUGACAGAUAUAAGCACACAGAUAAUCACUGCAACAGAUGCAGCCGAAAAGCUAGAUAUUGAAAUCAACUCUUUGUCCAAAGACAUUGAAGACCGAAAAGCAACACGCAGAAGUUUAAUGGCAUCUAUCGAUGAUGAGAAGAAAAGGAACGACGAACUUCAGGCCAAACACGAAGACAGUCAGCGCGAGAAAGAAAAUAUUGCUCAAACCCAUGCAAUGCUUUGUCACCAACGUAGUUCACUGAUCGAGUCAGAACAAAAGUUGACGUCGGAAAUCAAUGCAGCAGAGGUGUUAAGCCAAACCUUGUGGGAUGGUAUCCAGCAUGGGACGGAAUAUGUCGCGAGACUCCGACAAACGAAUGCACUUUUUAAGGAAAAGGAUAAAUGCGUUGAAUUUGAGAUUCGACGUCACGAGUUCAGCUUGCAGCAGGAGUGUGCACAAGAAGAAUUCCAACUCGAAGCUGAUGUUGCUGCUUUGGAUGAAAAGAUCAAGCUUGUGGAGCAUCAGCUUCGUAGUCUAUAG